UGAUUAAUGCUAUGCUCAUGAACCAAUCAAAAAUCAUUGUUCUCAAAUAUUUUUACAUUUGGUAAUGUUCAGCACCCGUGAACUUGCUUAUUAGUUAAGCAAAAUAUUAUUGAUAAAUUUUAUGGCGUUUAACUAUUGGUGUUGUUUGCGGUGUGCAGGCCUUCGCACAGUUCUCAACAGGAGAGAACGCACGACUCCAGAAGUAGGUGCGGGGCCGCCAAAAUGGAACUUUGACAGAGCGCAUAGAAAAACAUGGAUGACAAAAAGUGCUUGCGGAGUGAAAGUAACAUUUGGCAAAAUCACAAGACAAAUUCCAGAGUAUGGAUUCGAAUCACCUAGCUGUCGAUAAGGGUUUUCAUUCGGAAAUGACGUGUUAGCUCACAGGCCUGAUAUGAUGGUUUCUGCUAUGGAUUCGUAGUCGCAUUGCUAAAAUUUUCGUCUCUGCUAAACUUUAUUUCAGUUUUGCAUAUAGAAAUGAUGAUAUGAUUGUGCUUUCCAUUUUUUUAGGCUGCCAGCGGAGCAUGGAUACAUGGCGAUUAGGGUUUCAGUUUUGGCAUUUUUAAAUUCCAUAGGCUGCGUUUAUUAUAUUCUUUGGGAGCCUUAAAUUUUGCCCUUGUUUGUGAACAAUCAGCAGCCCUGUGAUCUGCAAUUUCUAUUGUCAUUACCUAGAGAAUUGCAGUGAUUUGCUAAGCGUUGGAGAAUUUUUAUGGUUUAUGUGGAGGAUUAGUUUAUUGCCAUCUUAUCUUGUUUUGGGAAUUGCUCAUCUUCCUCUCCUGCUAAAUUGUUAUGGCAAUUGGUCCGUGUGUUCUGAUAUUUUCAUCAUUGCCAUCCAUUAGACAGCCAAAACAAUGCUUAAUCCGAAAGUCUUCACUCCAUUAUUUUGUUUUACUCACUAUAGACUGAAAGUCUGCAAGUCCAUCCCCCAAAAGUGUCUUUAGAUAGAUGCAUUAGAAUGCAUCUAUCAUUGUAUCCUCUGAUUCUUUGCUUCAUUUUCCAAAAUUCACGAAGCCUCUAAAAGAAUAUGCGAAAAAAUAAGGAUUAAGAAUCUGUGCUUCACCCUAUUCCUUUUUAACGAUUUUCAGUUGAUUUGCUGAAUGUGUGCUGGAAACACAACUAUAUUGCUGUACGCAUAAGGUUCCUGUAUGUGGAGAUUGCAUCUGCUUUCCUGAACACAGUGCUUGUGAGGUGAGGACAUAUGCAGAGUGGAUGGUUGAUUCCAGUUGCAGUUUCCUACCAAAAUGUAGCUUUUGCUUGUAGAUACUGACUCAUUCAAGUCGCUCUGUCACUCAGCUCGGCUGCUUACAUGUUUUGCAUAAUUCGUGCUUGCUUCUACUUUUGAAAGGAUCCUCAUCUCCAACUGGUUACACAUGUCCUUCAUGCAAAUCACAAUAAGGCAGUAUGGGGAAGGAGUACAAUGGAUCUCCCAAGCUUCACUUGCUGGCUGAUUCCAAGAAUCGAAGAAUACCUUGGUACUUAGGAGUCUUUGGGCUCUGUGUUCUGUUUUACUUCUUGGGUUCCUGGAAGAACGCCAGGAUUCCGUCAACAGACAUGGCCAAGACUAACUUGGGUGUCUGCAAUUCUGCUGCCCCGAAAGGCUCAUCAUCACCAUCACCAUCAUCUUCGUCUGUUAAACUAGAUUUCGAUGCUCACCAUACAGUGGGGAGUAAUGAGAGUCUUACAGAAGGCAAAAUGACAUUUAAGCCUUGCAGCAUGAAGUAUAGUGAGUACACGCCUUGCCAAGAUCCAGUGAGAUCUCGUAAGUAUAGUAGAGAGAAGCUGAUGUACAGAGAACGCCAUUGCCCAGCAAAGAAUGAUGUCCUUAAAUGCCUCAUUCCUGCUCCUCCAGGGUAUAAAAACCCCUUUUCAUGUCCCAGAAGUAGAGAUUAUGCUUGGUUUGCCAAUGUGCCAUACAGAGAACUUACGAUAGAGAAGGCCGUGCAGAACUGGAUCCAGGUUGAGGGUGACAAGUUCCGGUUUCCAGGUGGUGGAACCAUGUUUCCUCGCGGUGCAGAUGCUUACAUUGAUGACAUCAAUAAUUUGAUUCCUUUGACAGAUGGAUCUAUCAGGACUGCCAUUGACACUGGUUGUGGAGUUGCUAGUUGGGGCGCCUAUCUGCUAAAAAGAAACAUUUUAACCAUGUCCUUUGCGCCAAGGGAUACACAUGAAUCACAAGUGCAGUUUGCUCUGGAACGUGGGGUCCCAGCUAUGAUUGGGAUCAUGGCUACUGAAAGGAUGCCAUAUCCAGCAAGAUCCUUUGAUAUGGCUCACUGUUCUCGUUGUCUGAUUCCAUGGAAAGGAUAUGAUGGUAUCUAUUUAUUGGAAGUGGACAGGGUAUUGAGACCUGGUGGCUAUUGGAUUUUAUCUGGUCCUCCUAUUAAUUGGCAAAAACAUCACAGGGGUUGGGAAAGAACUCCAGAGGACUUGAAAGCAGAGUAAGAUGCAAUUGAAGAUGUUGCCGAACGUCUGUGUUGGAAAAAGGUUGUUCAAAAGGGUGACCUUGCCAUAUGGCAAAAGCCCACAAACCAUAUUGAAUGUGUAAAAAGCAGAAGUGUUUACAAGGCUCCUCAUAUUUGUAAAGAUGACAACCCUGAUAUUGCUUGGGCUCUGCACAGUUCUCAACAGGAGAGAACGCAAAAGUGUCUUUAAUUAGAAUGCAUCUAUCAUUGUAUCCUCUGAUUCUUUGCUUCAUUUUCCAAAAUUCACGAAACCUCUAAAAGAAUAUGCGAAAAAAUAAGGAUUAAGAAUCUGUGCUUCACCCUAUUCCUUUUUAACAAUUUUCAGUUGAUUUUCUGAAAUGCGUGCAGGAAACACAACUAUAUUGCUGUACCCAUAAGGUUCCUGUAUGUGGAGAUUGCAUCUGCUUUCCUGAACACAGUGCUCGUGAGAUGUUUUGCAUAAUUCGUGCUUGCUUCUACUUUUGAAAGGAUCCUCAUCUCCAACUGGUUACACAUGUCCUUCAUGCAAAUCACAAGCUUGCUUCUAUGUCUGCUUGUGUCUUCUGCUGCUAAUAUACUAGCACCUAGUUUAGUUUGUUUCAGAGCAAAUGAUACAGAUCUCUGUUUUGGUUUGAAUUCUUGCGAAGAAAAAUGUGUUCUAUUUUAGCUCAAUGCAUGAACCAUUUUAGUUUCAAUAAAGUGUAUGUUGUUGUCUUCAGUCUUAGAUCAAUAAGCUAGAAAGUUAGGAAGACAUGUUUGUCAUUUUCACACUAAAGCAUUCUUUUUGGAAACUGUAAUUAAUAGUAAAGCCAAGUAAGUCAAGAUUAAUUUAUAAAAUAUUAUAUUCUUGCAUAUUGCAUGAAGAUUUUGGAUCUAAAUUGCUAUUUUUGGAUCUAAAUUGGUAAUAGCACUUUGGGUUUAGUUCAACUACUAUUUUAAUCCAGGCUCCCAUUCAACAAUAGAGUUCUUGCAAACUGUUAUAUCUAGCACAGAGUAUGGUCAUUUUUCUGAUAG